AUGACGGGGUGAUGUUAGACUGGUGCCUAUUAAUUCCCCUCCAUUAGUUGGUGAGACAGUCUGAAGACCAGUUUGUUCUUGAACCCAAUCUUCAAUCAAGGAGAAGAUGUCGAACUGGAAGAACUACAUCAACAGUAUACUGAAGGACAAGAACGUGGAAGAUGUUGCCCUUGUGGGCCACGCCAAUAACAAGGCUGUCUGGGCAUCCAAGCCUGGUGGUAUAUUGGCUGCCAUUUCCCCACAAGAGGUCAGCACAUUAAUUGGGCAGGACCGCAAGACUUUUUUACAAACGGGCAUCACCAUCGGAGGGAAGAAAUGCUCCGUCAUCAGGGACAACCUCCUGGUCAACAAUGAUGGGGUGAUGGAUGUUAGGAUGAAAGGCGGACAAGGCAAGAGCAUCUGCAUUGGCAAAACCAUCAAGACCAUGGUGUUUGUAAUGGGCAAAAGGGGGGUCCACGGUGGAGUCCUCAACAAGAAGGUGCAUGAGAUGGAUACCUACCUGAAGCAGAAGGGGUUUUAA